GUAGGUGUAUUUAUCUUAGUCUGUGAUAUUAUGUAACAUUCUGGUUUGUAGUUGUGUACAAACCUGAAUAAUCCUAAAAGCAGUAGGUUGUAAAAAUAGACAAAGCUCUUUGUGCAACAGGGUCUUACAGGUGCUUAAAAACCCUUCUACUUAUAGUCUGACCCAGUCUGGUAGAGUUAUAUCAAGGAAGCUAGAGGCAAUUAAGGGCUUAGAGGAAGAGAAGUGGGGGGUGAGGGGAGCGUUUAAUAACAUGCUCUUGGUUCUGUUUUCAUCCAGACCUUAAACUAUGGCAGACACAGCCGUCGCAACACCUGCUGAGAAGAAGGCGCCACCCAAGUUCAAGCAGAGGGCCACGCGCACAUUUAAGAGCAAGGCUCCAAAACCGGGCCAGAAGGGGUUUGGAGACGACAUACCCGGGAUGGAGGGUCUUGGCACAGACAUCACAGUGAUCUGUCCAUGGGAAGCGUUUGGGGACAUGGAGCUGAGCGACCUGGCCAAAUAUGGAAUCAUCUAGAAUUUCAUUUUACACCAAAGACAUUCCUGAGACAACCUGGGCUCAAACCUGCAGCUGCACUGACCACCAAGCUACCGCAGCCCAUCAUCUAGAGAAGUGCUUCCCAAACUUUUCAGCUUUUGACCCACACAAUAACAGCAGCAGAGAUCUGUGCCCCCAAUGGUUGUUAGUAGUCAUUUUUCAUUUCCCAGACCCCACCUUGAUGUUUUAGGACCCCACUGUGGGCCCUGACCCCAACUUUGGAAACCACAGCUCUAGAGACCAGACUCAACACAUUUUCUCUCCACUCCUUUCUCCUCCUCACAUUUAUUAUUGUAUCAUUUUCCUGAGCUGUUCUGUGUCAAACAUCAUAAACUGUAAACAAUGUAUAUUUGAAUUAUUUUAUUAUAGGUUUGACUUUUUCCUUCCUCUCCUCUGUCUUGCUGUCUCAGUCACCUUCCCUCUUUUUCCUCUUGUGCAGCUUUAAUUGACGUGUUUAUUUUUUUAUAAAUAAUUUAUGUAAAUGUCAAUACAAGAACAAACACCACUGUUUCUGAUAAGUUAAGGGAGGGGAAAAAGUUCCACAAGAAAUAUAUAUAUAUAUAUAUAUAGGGACACACUAAAGGACGUCAAUGACUUUUAUGAUCGAUGCAGAAGACAGUAAAUUUAAAGAAAUAUUUGCACAUUAAAGUAGUUAACGUUGUAAUGGAUUAUUGUGUUGAGUGACUUUUCAUCAUAUUGGUUCUGAGGACAAAAUAUUUGAUUUAUUACAUGAAUUUCCAAUAAACUAUGUACAAAAAAACUGUGGUUUAAUAUUUUUUAAGCAAAAAAAUAAAUAAAUCUCAAGAAUCAGUGGAUGGAUUUUAAUAAAACAAGCCUGAAAAACAAUAAAAAUAAAUAAAUAAAAUGGCCCAUAGCUUAGAAAGCCUUCUUUUUUCUCUGAGGAAACAUUUUUGAUGAAAUCUGAGGCCUCAGGGGUCAUUUUGACUCCAGGGCAGCAGGAGGGUUGUGACUGAACUGAUGAGCUAACUGCUAGUCAGAGGGAAGUCAAGAUCCACCGUGCACCAAAGCAUCUCCUGCCUUAAAUGUUUUACAUUAAAAAUGUAUUUCAAAACUAACGAUUCACACCAAAUGCGAUUUGGGCAUCAAAAACGUGUCCAACGCUUCAAGUUCGAUGAUCGUACACUUUGAGGUCAGACGCACGUUACGCUCACCGGAUAAUUCAGAGCAGCUCUGAGUUUCACCACUCCAGGAGCUGCGCGUUGACAAGGCUCGCUUUUCAGAACUAUUUUUGUCCUGAGCCCAGUUUGACGAGCCUCUGACCCGCAUCUCCUGCCAGGACACCGACUAACAGGCACUCGAUUUCAGCUGAGAGCUCCUGUCCACCUGUCUCAGGUUAAUGGUCAUCAUUCAGGAAACCGUCUCGUAGGAAAACGUGUCACUUCGUCUCACUCUGAGACUCUCUGAAUGGUUGACGUUCCACGUCGAGCAGCAGAAGUUCAGGUUUUUGCCACGCCAGCGUUGAACGUGCGAGACAUGUCCUUCCUGAAGUGGGUCCACCAUAGACUUUGCGUGUAAACCUGACAUCCCUGAUGCUCGAAACACGCUCGGUGACGCAUUAUUUAUGUAAAAGUGCAAAUAGGGUCAGCAGCUGUUAGCUUUAGCACAUAAUAAUCCACUUUGGUCUCGGCUGUCAGCACGCAGUCAAAACUAAUAUUUCUCCAAACUGAGGCUGUUAAGGGGCCAUCUACAGCAGGUAAGAUAUUAACUGUUCCCACCUUAAAAGAGAUCUGCUAUCCCUUCCAGCUGAAAUACAGGAUUUACAAAGAAAACAACCAGGAAGCUCAACCACAACAAAACAUUUUAUAUAAAACAUUUUUAUAUCGACAUUCAAUAACAAAACAAAAAACCAAACAUAACGGCAGUCAGAGGGAUUCAGACAGGACGGAGGGACUGAUCGUUGAAACCAUAGAAUCUAUGAAGAAUGACCACGGAGUUAAUAUAUAAUACAGGGCCAAGAAAGCCACAACCAGGAAAAUCAAGCUGCCAAAUGGUUUAUCUUUCUUUUUACAGAGGCCAUUUUGUUUUGUUGUUAGGCCUUUUUUUUUCUUGUUUUUUUGCCAACCAGCUCUGUGCUCUUGUGUUGUGUCAAACUGCGAGCCGCCCAUCUUCUAGUGGUAAAACAUGAGCAGCUGAGUCCAGCUGCUCAGCAGUCAAAUGGGAAAAGAUAAAAGAUUCAUGCAUAACUCUUUUUUUUCUGUUUUUUUAAACUUGGUAAUUAUCACUCAUGCUGGUUUGUCCAUGCCUCCAGUGGCUCCAUAAGUCCUUUAUGUAUUUACUUCUUUUUUUAUUAUUAUUAUUAUUUUGUUUUCUAGCACUUUUCAAGUUGGGAACCAGAACAUGCUGGAAACCUCACAUCUUUGGCUGGUGCCUUUUCUGUCUUUGUUUUGCUUUUUUUAUUUAAUCCAGAGCACAUUCUUUAUUCAUGUUAAAACAUUAUUAACAUAAAAUAAAAUAAAGUUACAUGAUAUAAAACAAAAAAAAAAUGGUGACAGUCCUAUGCUUAUCUAAGGGUGGGGAAGUGGAAAAAUAGAAAGAAAAUGGUUUAAAAUGUUCCAUUUUUUUUCUUUUAUCAGACAUGAAUGUGAUCCUGCAUGUGUUUAACACUUUCAGACAUUUUACUGCGUUAGCUUCAAACAAACCCGGAGCGAGCACACUGAUCAGGCUGAGAGAUUUUAUCCACUGAAAUGUACGUCAGCUGCUUUAAAAAUAAACAAAAAACUAAUAAAGACCAC